AACGAUUAACUGUGAUGGAAUCCAGAUUUUGCGCGCAUUAGUUUUUUAUAAGUUCUUCGAAUCACUGUAUUUGUAGCUGAGAACGCUUUAUUGAACAGUAAACCAUCGUCGUAAAUACUUUGAUAGUUUACGUUUUGCGGAGAUUUCGUCUCUUCAGGUUGGACUGCGGGAGAGGAAAGUACUUCCUUAUGCAAAAAUACGAGCAAGUGGUCAAUCGAGUAUGACCUAAUUGCUUUUGUAUGUAGUACGUUUUAUUUGAAUGGUGUAUUUUCCCGAUGGACACUUCGAUAGGAUCCUACGAACAACUCUAUAACAAUAACCCGACGUCUGAAAACGUCGAUAAAUAUUACGAUGGGUACCUUGAAUUAAAAGGAAAAUUUAGCAAGUGGACACGCUACUGGUGUGAACUCAAAAAAAAGAAUUUACAUUUUUUUAAAGAUGUAAACACACAAAUCAAAGACAACUAUGCAGGAUUCUUUCCAAUUGAAGGGACCACAAAAAUAGAAUUGCAAAAGAAGUUGGAAUGGCACAUGGUAAAGGGGAGCCGCAAGAUUAUUUUGAAAGCACAAAAUCAGCAACUUCGUGAAGAUUGGAUAAAUGCUAUAAGACAAGCAAUGAGUGGAGGAUCCCCCAUUAAACAGGGAUAUAUCCUACCAGGCAGUGGACCAGUAAGCCCACCUAACAGUCCACAACGUCGACCAUCCUUACAACCGUCACCACCAAAUUCCCCAGCUCCAACAUCCACAUCACGCAGUUUGUCAGACCGAAGAGUAUCCACUGACAGUCUUCGAUAUGCUUUACAGCCAGAACAGAUGCAACACUUCGCUAGUCACGCCGAAAGCAUUGCGGAGAGCGUUUCAAUGAGUGUCGAUGAGAUGAAAAUUCAGCAACGACUUUUGGAAGGUGAUCAAAGUUGGUAUCAGGCAACAUUCCGUCGGGAAGAUGUGGAAGCAAUUUUACGAAGUGAAGAGAACGGGGUAUUCAUCGUCAGAGAUUACAUUGAUGUAACCACAAGUAAAAACAUGGGCUAUGUCAUCUCACUCAAAGACCAAAAAGGUGGAAUACGCCAUCACAAAAUUCUGAAGAGUAAAGACGGGGGUCGAAUAUUUAUCAAGGGUUACGAGGAGAAAUUUUUUGAUAGUCUGACCAAUCUCCUGCGAUUUUUCAUCGCGUCUCAGAAAAAGACAAUAGCAUUGAUGCCGUUCAACGAAAACACGCCUUCGAAAGAAAGCGUAGCACCACCGUUUCCGGGGCAGCACAAUGGCGUAUCAAUCAGACCAGCGCGUUCUGUGUCCAUGCGAGAGGCCCCAGCGUUACCUCAUGAAGACUUGAUUAUCACCAAGGCUCGCUCUCAUUCUUUAUAUCAACCCGAAAGUCGCGGGUUGCCACCCGUGCCGCUGCCCCAGCCGCCCCAGCCGCCCGCUCCUUCAGCUGGAAUGGUGAGGGCGCCUGAAUCUAUGAGAGGUCGUGAUCUUCCCAGACCCCCUGGCGAUUCACGAAGCAACACCAGCGAUGAUUAUUUGCAGAUGACAGGACCUGCGUUUAGAACUCGUCAACUUCCAACCCCCCCGCCUGUCGUCGAUGAGGACUCCUAUCUCGUACCCUCUGACCAGAACACCAGGGGGAGAAAUCACACCAAAGCCGGAGAUGAAAUGGAACCCUACGAACAGAUGAGUUCUCCCCAGAAACAACGAUACAACCCACCCUCUAAUUUUCGGAUGGACACGCCGUCAUCGCCUCCGAUGUCACCAGACGAUCCGGAUUGCUACAUCAACAUGAUUCCACCACGGCCUCCACCAUCGCCAUCUUCACCAUCGGCCUACGAAAAUUACGAACCAACAAUUGAACAAGCGCCAACACUUCCGCCCAAGAGGCGUUCGCAGUCGGUGAGGGGAUGUCAAGAGACGUAUGUUAACCACCCUGCAGGGGGACCAAGAAGGCCAGAUAGGCCACCACUUCGCAAGGCCCACACCAUAGGUCGAUAAGAAAGCUAUACAGUUAUACCCGGGCUCCUGUUCCGCAAGGCAGCAUGGGAUAUAUGGCGCUCGUCGGAGUUUCCCGCCAAAAUGACUUCAACAAUUAUACCUGUUCAAAGCAAUUCACAAUGUGAAAAUAGGCAUAUAUUUGUUUUGCCAAGGUUGCAUGCUUUUUUUCAGCACCUGUGGUACAUUUUUUACGUGAGAAAAUUCGGACAUUUUUAGUCUACGCUUGUAGUAAAACGAGAAAGGAUUUUUAGAUUAUAGUCUGGGAUUUAUAAAUACAUUAUUGGGUCACUGACCAAAUUGAUUUGUGACUUACCACGGUCAGUUAGUUCAGCUACAUAUGAGUUAUCCAAAUUAGCGAGGAAAUUUUUCAGAUUUUUCAAAGAUUUGGAAUUCACUUCUACGAUAAAUCUUUAUCUUACUAAUAUAACUAACAUGUAAAAUAUUUUUUUAAUAUGCUUUUUAUUAUAGCUAUUUU